GCACCCGACAACAGAGGUCCACUGUUUCUGCUGCCCUGUUUCUCUAAUUGGCCCUGACGCUCCUCCACCUUGAAGCUGCCCACGAGCUUUUCACUGGCCACCCCCGCGGCCCUCAGCUCGGUAGAGGCGGGAAAGCCGCGCGCCUGCGCCGUGAGAACCGGGGCCGGAGGCGAAAAGCGGGGCGCGGAGGGGGGCCGUAGGAGCCGAGUAGCGUACAGAGCGGCGUGUGACGCGGGGACGCCGCGCGCUCCCAACGUCGCCCCGGUUUGACGCACACGGCACCAAACUGCUUGUUUUAAGGCCUAAUAUCUGGUCUGUGCUGGAAAAUGUGCACUUGAGAAGAAAGCAUGUUCAGCUGUGGAGUGUUCCUUAUAUGAGGUCUGUCCAGAAGAUAUCCAGCCAUGUAAUAUGAAAAAUAGAGACAUUUAUUGAAGAAGAUAGAAGAAGCAUUGGACAUAGGAUAAUGAAGCUUCAGUUCCCUUCACAGUAAGCACCUUGGGACCUCAUAUAGUUCUCCCAGUUGCCAUGAGCUGCCUCUUCAUAUUUUCCUGAAUCUUCAUUGACCGUCUGAAAUCUCUUCCUUUUCAAAGGUUUGAUUUAAUCUCGAAUGAGGGUGUUCUUGCAGCAAUAUGUUAAUAAGACAAAAUCUAGCCUUAGAUUGUAAGCAAAAGAAAUCAAGGUCAAGAUCCGGAAGCAAGAAGAAAAUGCUAACAUUACCUCAUGGUGCUGAUGAGGUUUACAUUCUCAGAUGCAGGUUUUGUGGCUUAGUCUUUCGUGGACCAUUGUCUGUUCAGGAAGACUGGAUUAAGCACUUACAACGACACAUCGUAAACGCUAAUCUUCCACGGACUGGAGCUGGCAUGGUGGAAGUCACAUCACUAUUUAAAAAGCCUGCCUCCAUUACAGAAACUUCAUUUUCUCUACUAAUGGCAGAAGCAGCUUCAUAGAACAAGGAAACCUUUUAAAUAGAAAAUAUGAAUUGGAUGUAAAUUUGAAAUUCUUGUCUUUUUUUAAAGCCACAUUAAAUUAUCCAUUUAUAAAUACUAAAACAGGAAAACAGGGGAAAGUGAAUUACAGUGACAUCAGAACAAAAUUGAGUACUUCAAACAGUAAGUAGUCUAUAUAUUUUAUAGGAUGGAAGAGAUGUUUUAAGGUUUACUGGGUUUUGUCAGUUAACUACUCACUCAGUAAAAGAUCAAUACAUGUAAGCAGUCAUUAAUAAACUGUUGCACAUGGAGAAAGACAGACUUAUUGGAAAAUUUUGUUUUCUGCAGUGUUACCAGAAUCAAGGUUCUGUUUAUUUCCCACAAGACUUGCAUUGAAAAAUAAGAUAUUAUAUUUUGUUUGUAUGUAAUUAGUGUUUUGUAUAAUACCUGGAACCGCUAACUAAAUUUACUCAACUUAGGGCAUUAAAUAUCAUGUACUUCAUAGAUUGCGACUGUUCACUCAAAUAGGGCAGAGUACUAUUCUAUCUAGAUGUGUAAGUGUUUUUUUUAAAUCACAUUGAAAGGUUUUUUUUAUACUAAAAAGUGGAGGGAGAUUUGUUUAAACAAGUAUUUCUAAAAGAAAUAUGUACAUAGUCCUGGAAAUUAUUUGUGGUAAGGAAAUAUUCUUUACUCCAAUUGCAUUUCUCAGACAAUAAAGUGGUGCAUCCAUGCUACCUCCUAUUUUGUCAACAAAGAUGCUAUUUACCCUUUACAUUUUGUAUCAUAAUAGAUUUUAAAAAUCUAAUGUUCUUUAUUGCAAGGCAUCCUUUUGUUAACAGAUUUGUUUCUUUUUAAUGUUUUACCUAAAAUCUGACAUGCUUACAGGACAGGUUUGCCUCUUACUUUAUUUAACAUUGUAGAAAUGUAAUUAAUAAACAACUACACAAUUUAGAAUAGGCUUUCUCAUUUAUAUUCUCUUCCAAAUUGAUCAGUAGCAAAACUUAAUACACCAAUUGAAAUAUUUCUACAUAUGAUGAGAAUGUUUACAAUUUAAAUUUUAGAACUUGUUUUGGAUGUGAUUAUAUGUACGAAAAUCGUGUAACACUAUGCUUAUGCUAAGAACCGACAUGACAGAAUUACUGAAAUAAAUGUGCUGUGAGGAAUGGAAAAAA